CCGUUGCUAUGGAAGGGCCCAACAGUCACGUGACCCGGCCUUUUCGCUAUUGAGCGCAUUUCCGUUUCCAAUGUCAUCUAUAGGAAGCCGCUUCCGGGAUAUGGCAGCCGUGUAGGAUCAUAUUAGGAAGAUUGCGCACGGCUAAAAGGACGAUCUGGGAUGAACUUUGAAGGCUUCUCAUCCCCAACCACAGAGAUGGCUGAGAUAAACCGCAUGCAGUAUGAGAUAGAUUAUACAGAAGGGAUCAGUCAGAGGAUGAGGGUUCCUGAGAUGCUUAAGGUGGCUCCAGGUAACUUAGGAGCCAACCUAAAAGCUCAGCAAGAUAUGCCCAUUCCUGGAGUAGUUAUGGAGGUGCCUGAGAGGAUUGUGGUAGCAGGUCAGAGUGAGGAGUCGCCCUUCUCAAGGCCUUCCGAUUUGGAUUUCAUCUCUGGAACUAACAUUGGGACGCUUGCACUGAAAACACCACCGAGGGUCCUGACUCUGAGUGAAAGGCCGCUAGACUUCCUGGAUUUGGAAGGACUUACACCAGCCACUCCACAAAGCGAAGAGAUACGCAGCAGUGGGCAUCUGAAGAGAGACAAAUUCUCCUCUGAGAAUGCAUUGCGGCAGAAUGGACAACUUGUCAGACACGACUCCAUCCCGACUCCGUGUGCCCCUGCAGUCUGCCUGUGCCCCGCUCCCUCGCCCCCUGCAGUUGGAGCAGAUCUUUUCUCUGCCCGUGGCAUUCUGUCGCUCUUCCAGACCUCCACCCGCAGGGCUUAUCAGCAGGUCCUUGAUGUGCUGGAUGAAAACCGCAGGCCAAUCUUGCGUGGUGGAUCUUCAACCUCUGCUCCUGUCACCCAUCAUGAUAACCCCAGGUCUGCAAUGUCCACAUUAGACACAACCUUGGACGCCACAGCAGAUGAUUUAGCUUUAGCAGAUGCAGCUUCAUUAAGGAGGCAGAUAAUCAAACUGAACAGACGUCUCCUGCUGCUAGAAGAAGAAAACAAAGAACGAGUCAAGCAUGAAAUGACCAUGUAUUCUAUCAUCAUCAUCUUCGGACUCCUAAACAGCUGGCUGUGGCUCCGGCGCUAAAGCCCCUGGGCUUCCAUUGGGAGGGAAUUUAAAAGCUCCUGAAAACCUUGCAGUACCACUUUAUGUGGUGGAUUUUGGGAACUUCUCUAUUUACAGCACAAACCACUGCUCACCUAUAAUAAAGACUAUAUGCAGUGGGCAAA